ACCGCCAAAUCCCUGAGAGAUGCCGGCUUGGCUGUCAGAGAUGUUUCGGACCUGACAGGAUUCCCUGAAAUGUUAGGUGGACGUGUGAAAACUCUUCAUCCUGCAGUCCACGCUGGCAUUUUGGCUCGCAAUAUUCCAGAAGAUAAUGCUGAUAUGAACAAACAGGAUUUCAGCCUUGUGAGAGUUGUAGUGUGUAACCUCUACCCCUUUGUGAAGACUGUAUCUUCUCCAGGUGUAACUGUGCAAGAGGCAGUGGAAAAGAUUGAUAUUGGAGGGGUUGCCUUGCUGCGGGCGGCUGCCAAGAACCACGCUCGUGUGACCGUUGUGUGUGACCCUGCAGACUACUCUGCGGUAGCUAAAGAGAUGGCGACAUCAAGGGACAGAGACACCUCUGUAGAAACCAGGCGUCACCUUGCGCUGAAGGCUUUCACCCACACUGCUCAGUACGAUGCAGCCAUCUCUGACUACUUCAGGAAAGAGUACAGCAAGGGGGUGUCCCAGCUGCCCCUGAGGUACGGCAUGAAUCCUCACCAGAGUCCUGCGCAGCUCUACACCGUGAGACCCAAGCUGCCCCUGACAGUGGUGAACGGCUCUCCGGGGUUCAUCAACCUGUGUGACGCUCUCAACGCCUGGCAGCUGGUGAAGGAACUCAAGCAAGCGUUGGGCAUCCCCGCCGCAGCCUCCUUCAAACACGUCAGUCCUGCAGGUGCUGCUGUUGGAAUACCUCUGAGCGAGCAGGAGGCGCAAGUGUGCAUGGUGCACGACUUCCACAAGACCUUAACGCCCUUAGCGUCUGCCUACGCGCGAAGCCGAGGUGCUGAUCGGAUGUCGUCUUUUGGCGACUUCAUUGCUCUUUCCGAUACCUGCGAUGUGGCUACUGCCAAGAUUAUUUCCAGAGAGGUAUCAGAUGGUGUGGUAGCUCCUGGCUAUGAGGAAGAAGCUCUCAAAAUUCUUGCCAAAAAAAAGAAUGGUGGUUACUGUGUCCUCCAGAUGGAUCCCCGUUACGAGCCAGACGACAAUGAGAUUCGAACCCUCUAUGGAUUGCACCUCAUGCAGAAGAGGAAUGAUGCAGUCAUUGACCGGUCAUUGUUCAAGAACAUUGUUACAAAGAAUAAAAAUCUGCCCGAGUCUGCUGUCCGAGACCUGAUUGUUGCCAGCAUCGCUGUCAAGUACACCCAGUCCAAUUCGGUUUGCUACGCCAAGGAUGGGCAGGUCAUAGGUAUUGGAGCUGGCCAGCAGUCCCGGAUCCACUGCACGCGUCUGGCUGGGGACAAGGCAAACAACUGGUGGCUCCGGCACCACCCACGUGUGCUCUCCAUGAAGUUCAAAGCGGGCGUGAAGCGAGCAGAGAUCUCUAAUGCCAUUGAUCAGUAUGUCACUGGGACCAUCGGUGAGGACGAAGACCUGGUGAAAUGGCAGGCGAUGUUUGAAGAGGUGCCUGCACAGUUAACAGAAGCGGAGAAGAAGCAGUGGAUUUCCAAGCUGACUGCUGUCUCCCUCAGCUCUGAUGCGUUCUUCCCUUUUAGGGAUAAUGUCGACAGAGCUAAACGGAGCGGAGUGCAGUUCAUCGCUGCCCCAUCUGGCUCGGCUGCUGACGAGGUCGUGAUUGAAGCUUGCAAUGAGCUGGGGAUAACUCUCAUUCACACCAAUCUUCGGCUGUUUCAUCACUGAGUUUGCCGCGGGCUGAUGCGGUCCCUCCUUGGUCACAGUCUCACCAGCAGCAGCAACUGGAAUAUCGGCAGCUCAAUUGGGAGGCACCUGCGGUCUGUGCUUAGCAAGCGUUUGUCAGAGCUGUAAAUGAGAUCUUUCCCCAAGUUAACAGGGAAGGAAGGUGCAAGAAGUUGGCCUCUAAUGUAGAAAAUAAGUCUCUUUUGCAAAUAAACUUACGGUUCUUA